CCCACUACUCCCCCUAUAUAUACAUGCACCUUUUCAAUUCUCUCUCACACAAACCAACCCCGAAAUACAUACCCAAAUUUCUCUGUUUGUUAUACAGUCUUGUCAAUUAGUGAAAAUCUUUUCUUCCUCAUAAACCCUUUUGUUAUAUAAUUUUGAUGAAAUGGAGCUGAUUCCGGGUCUACCGAAUGAUAUUGCCCGUGACUGUUUGAUUCACGUGCAGUACAAGCAAUUCCCCUCCAUUUUAUCCGUAUGCACAGCUUGGAAGGCUGAAGUUGAGAUGCCUGAAUUUCUUCUGCAAAGGAAAGUCACCGGCCGGGCCCAAAAUGUCAUCGCGAUGGCUCAAGCACUAGUCAACCCGGAAGACGGAGGGAACAAGAUGAAGUACAGGUUUAAUCCGGUUUAUCGUCUAACUCUUUGUGAACCAGAGACGGGUUACCGGUGCGAGUUGCCUCCGGCGCCCGGAUUUGAAAACGGGUUGCCGAUGUUUUGCCAAAUGAUUUCCGUCGGGUCGGAUCUUGUUGUUUUGGGUGGGUUAGAUCCCGUGACUUGGGAGGUCUUGAACUCUGUCUUCAUCUUCAGUUUUGUUUCCGCCAAGUGGCGAUGUGGGACCGAAAUGCCGGGCCCACGGCGGUGCUUUUUUGGAUGUGCGUCUGAUUCUGAUCGGACGGUGUAUAUUGCGGGCGGUCAUGAUGACGAGAAGAACGCACUGACAUCGGCCAUGGCGUACGACGUGGCAGAGGAUAAGUGGACCCCAUUACCUGACAUGUCAAGAGAGCGUGACGAGUGCAAGGCGGCGUUCCACCGUGGCAAGCUCCACGUCAUAGGCGGCUAUUGUACGGAAUUGCAAGGUCAGUUUGAGAGAAGUGUCGAGUCAUUUGAUGUCACCACGUGGCAGUGGGACCAGGUGCAAGAACACAUAUUGAAAGAUGCCACGUGUCCAAGAACAUGCUUAUUCGACGAAGAUAACUUAUACAUGUGUCACGGAAGUGACGUGGUGGCACUCAAAGGAACAACGUGGCAAGCUGUGACUAAGCUGCCGGCUGAGGUUUGCAAUACCGCUUACGUGACAACGUGGCAGGGGAAGUUAAUGGUGAUUGGUUCGGAGAGAUUCGGAGGGCCCCAUAUGGCUUAUGUGGCGGAUUUAAAGACAUACACGUGGACAAAAAUAGAGAAUCCCUUGAAGUACUCAGGGCACGUUCAGACUGGUUGUUACUUAGAGAUUUAGGUAGAGAUUUGGCAUAAUUGGAAAAGAAAUCUGAAUCUAGUUCCAUGCAAUCAAACUUGGAUAGGAUAAUUGUAAGAUAAGCAUUUGGUAAUUGUUCAGUAACAUAGAAGUCACCCAUCUAUCCAUCAAACAACUGAUUGAUAAAUGUCGGGUCAAAUGGAUGAUCCAACAACUCCAUAGAACAAUUGAGUGUAAAAAAAUAACGUAGAAUGACAUUGACCCAACAACUCCAUAGAACAAUUGAGUGUAGAAAAAUAAC